UAUAAAUUGACACAUAAGAAUAUUGCAACUCACCUAAAUGGCAAGGUCAAAAGUUGAGAAAUCUAAAGAGACCACAUCAUCACUAUUAUCGCUACCAGUAUUUUCAUCCUCACUGAAAGGUCGGAAGAAAAGUCGGAACGGUUGCUUCAUGUGUAAAAGACGAAAGAAGAAAUGUGAUGAGAAAAAACCGGUUUGCAGCACCUGCCGAAGACUAAAUAUUCAAUGUAGCUACAAGUUGCGCUUGAGUUGGCAGGCAGUGAAUCAGCGCUUCGUAGAACAGGAAUCACAUUUUGUGAACCCCGAAUCCACCACAGCGAAUGGUUAUCACUUCAUCAUUUUCUCGAUCUGGGAUGUUCUCGUCAGCUACAAGCUGCGUCAGCCAGCCUCUUCCGGCACAUUGUACAUUUUGGAACCCUUUUCGUUGGAAAAGUACGAGAACGACACAAAGACCGAAGAGGAGUGGCGGUAUGAGGUCAGUAAGAUUAAUUCAUCUGUCAUCCCGAGGUCGGAGCUUGAGAGAAUACAGAACGACCUCACGUAUGGCCCCAGAACCAGCGAGCAGUUUCUUUUCAACCUUUAUACCAAGGUCCUUAGUCGAACAAAAAGUUUUGCUAGAAGUGAAUUCAUCCCCAACGAUUUCAUACAUAUCGUGAUUCCAGGAUGUCAGAAGUUUCCAGCUCUUUACCGCUCAGUUUUGGCGUUGUCGGCCUUAGAUUUGAUCAAGGGAGAGCUGUGCAAGAAAAACUCGCCCCAUGAUGAGUAUUUAAUAACCAUAUACAACUCUCUCUUCAUUGGCUACAAAAAUGACGCUUUAAACUACUUGCACGACAUUCUAGACGGGUUUGACAUCGAAGUUGUGGAAAUGCUCGAGGAAUUGGUCAUCACGAUCCUAAUUUUAUGUAACAUCGAAAUCACAAAUAAGGGGAACAAGGAAUGGGUGCGAUAUCUGACUGAAGCCAGUCUAAUAUUUGGAGCUCUUACAACGGAGAAAAUAUUGGACAGUGACAUCUUCAAAUUUGCAUACAAGUACUUUUCACUUAGAUAUAUCUUGUUGCUGACUACUCUUGACCACAUAACCCUGAAACGCUUUCUUGAUACCACUCCGUGGCCCUUGAUUGAAAGUCUAUUUGUCGACAACACUAUCGAGCCGAUGUUUGGCUGCUCCCCAUACUUGCUCCACGUGAUAUACAAGCUCACCAUUUUUAGCUAUCUUUACGAAGGUAAAAAGAUGCAAAUGCAUGAAUUUGUUGCGAAGCUCACUAAAAUGUGGUACAUACUCAAUACGAUAACGCAAGACGAAAUAGAUGGCUGCCACGAAUUGACGAUUAGCGCAAGCUGUUAUUUCUAUGCAACCAAAAUAUAUCUUUACACGAUAUUGAUAAGACACAAACUUGAGCAUUUUUUGGAUGACGGAUACCAAGCCUACGUCCCCAAGUUAUGGGAUCAGCUCACAGAAUUGAGCUUGAGCCAGAACUCGCUUUUCUUUCCCAACUGGUGUUUUCUCAUCAUUACCACCAGUGAUUUAUUGGAGAACGAAGAGGCGAAGAGGAUUAAGGCGCUUCGAUUGUUUACAUCGCUAGAAAUCAAUUGGCCGUUGAGCAGCGUUGUACAGAUAAGGAAAGCAAUUGAAAGCAUAUGGAAGGUAUACGAUUUAGUUUACGUCGGCGGCAGCGGCGGAAGCGGCGGUAAGUCCCCGCUGGAUCGGGACAAACCAGAUCCUUUUGAUUGUCGUCAGGUCUUGAAGGAGUACGAGUACAUGCUAGCGCUAACGUAGACAUCUGACUCAACCAGAUAACAUUUUUCCUCUAUAAUAUAUCUCUAGGUCACGGCGCAUUAGCGUCUCCGAAAAUAUACUCAACCCGA